AUGCACCUUAUUCUCACAGGGGCAACCGGGCUAGUCGGGUCUUCAGUGCUCGACGCCAUGCUCAAAAACGCAGCAGUGUCCAAGAUAUCAAUUUUGAGCCGAAGCCCCGUGAAAAUGGCAGAAGACGCAAAAGACCCACGUGUUCAAGUCAUCACCCACACAAACUUUGAAUCAUACAAACCAGAGCUGCUCGAUCAAUUGAAAGAUGCGGAUGGAUGUGUUUGGGCCCUAGGGACAAGCCAAACCAAUGUCACCAAAGAGCAAUACGUCAAAAUCACCAAAGAUUAUACCCUGGCAGCUGCAAAUGCAUUUUCCACAAUCAAGCCGUCAGACCAUCCCUUCCGAUUCAUCCAUGUAUCUGGCGAAGGCGCCACGCAAACUCCCGGGCGAUUCUCACCGAUCUUUGCGAGAGUAAAGGGCGAGACUGAAUCGCUUCUCGGAACGCUGUCAGAGCUAAAGCCGGCCUUUCGGGUCGAUAGCGUGAGGCCUGCUUUCGUUGAUCCGGUGACACACGUCGCCAUAAAGCCGUAUAUUCCGUCUGCUGGAAUGACUGGAAUUGUCUCGAAUAUUGGCCUGGCUGUGCUUGGCCCCAGUAUACGAUAUCUCAUGAAGUCGAUGCAUUCUCCAACGGAGCACCUUGGGUCGUUCUUGACGGAAAUGGCGACGGGACGCUAUGAGGGGAAAUUGGAGGGUCCGGGGGUAUUCAGAUUAGGGGGAGGUUAUGUCGUUGGGAACGUUGGUAUGCGGAGGAUUUUGGGGCUAUGA